AUGGAGGAAGACGAGGUCGCCGCCUCUGCAGUCUUCGUACCACCCUCGGUACAGGAUAACCAUGAAUCUCUCCUCUCUGGGAAAUCCUACGCGCACUACAGCAGCGUGCCCGAAGCCAUCACCACCAGGACAGCCUCGUCGUCUGCAUCAGGGACGCCGUGCGUUCUCGGUGUAGACGAGGCUGGACGCGGGCCUGUCAUUGGCCCCAUGGUGUAUGGCGUCUACUACGUCCCAGUCGAGAUCCAACAGUCCCUUCUUACCGAAUCGUAUCAUUUCGAUGAUUCCAAGGUGCUCACGCCAGCAGUGCGAGCAAAUCUCAUGAAGGCGGUAUGCACUACUGGAACGGAUCUCUUCCAGUCGUCAGGCUGGGCCAUCAAAUCACUCAGUGCCCGGGACAUCAGCGCCGGGAUGAUGAAGAACGGCGGCUCGUACAACCUCAACGCCCAGGCCAUGGAUGCCACCAUCGAAUUGAUCCGAGGAGUGCUGCAGCAGGGAGUCAACGUGACAGAGAUCUACGUCGACACCAUUGGCAAACCCUCAGUGUACCAGAAGAAACUCGAGUUGAUCUUCCCGACCAUCAAGAUCACGGUUGAGAAGAAGGCUGAUAGUCUCUUCCCGUGCGUGAGUGCGGCUAGUGUCGUCGCCAAGGUCACCCGAGAUGUCAGUUGUGAGGCCCUCUUGGAGGCGUAUACUCAACAGCAAUCGAACGCAGCCGAGGAUGCAUCAGAAUCGUGGGGUUCAGGAUACCCUUCUGACGCCAGAUGUGUGAGCUGGCUCAAGUCUGCUAUUGACCCUGUUUGGGGGUUUGGGAACGAAUGCCGCUUCAGCUGGGGCACGAUCAAAGACAUGCUCGAACAAAAGGGCGGUCCAGCGACGAAAACUGAGUGGCCGGACCCAGACGAAGACGAGAACACGAGACUCUCACAGUAUUUCAGCGCCAACGGGUCGUCAGGGCCAAAAACUGAGAGAGACGAAUUGCGGACGUGGUUUGGAGCCGGUGUUGGCCAGGAAGCAUUUUGA